GCUGCCAAUCAGACACCCUCUAUUUAGGACGCCCGCAUCCGGAGGUUUCAGGUGUUCUGUUUCAGUUUAUGUAACCGCCCUUCUCGUGUGAUGUAGUCGCUGGAGUCGUUUCAAAAGUACAGCUCAUUAAGUGGACAAAAAGUAGCUACUGUUUGGAUCGACCUGUCUGUAGAGAAAGUGGAGCGCAGUUUGGAUUUAUUCAAGAGGAACAUCAUGAACGCAAUGUCUCGAACCUAUUGUACUUACACAGACCUAACGGAGAAUGCGUCAAAGGAAUAUGCGCCCAGACUUCGUUUGACUUUACAGGAUCAAACUGAGGAUGAAAGUCAGUCCAGAAUGAAGCCCAUUGGUAGAGUGUCUGCCCUGACGCCUUCCCAAUCAGCCAAUGAACUGCCUUCAAGUCCUCUCUGGAAUUCUGAGCCAGUCAAGCCCACUGAAGAAAAAGUUGAGAUUAUUAAGGUGUACCUUGAAGCACGGAAUCGGGACCAGGCAAAGCACGAGAAGAACAUGAAAAUGUUAACCGACGAGGUGUCGCAGAUUCAGGAGGUGAGGUACUGUUUGAAGAAUCUUAGACAACAGAUGGCCUCAAGAGCAAGCCUGAAGCAUGAAGACAAAAGGCCUGACUCAGAUGGUCUCCGAACACAAAGCAGGUACUCAUCCGCCAUUCCCACAGGUCUUGGAGCCACACCCAUGUUACCUGAGAGUCCGGAAUGCGAAGAUUCCGAGAAGGAAACGGACAAGAUGCGUGAGCUUACUAAAAAGCUCUAUAGCCAGUACUACAGCAAGCUACAAGAAGCUGAGCAAAGGCACCAGGCAGAGCGGACCAAACUGGAGGAGAAAAAUGCCAAUUACCAAAAAGAACUGAAUGUGAAACAGGAUGCCCUCAAACUGGCUGAAGAAGGUCUUAGCGAACGAGACUCAAAGAUAUAUGAUCUGCACAGACUGCUUUCCAGCAUGGAGAAAGAACAGCACACACUGCUGAUCAAGAUGAAGGAACAUGAAAACCAGUUGGUGGAGAUGAAAACACUGAGGAAGCACAGCGCAGCACAGCAAGAGAGGUCAGCCCAGCUAGAGAAGGAGGUCGCCACACUGAAGGAGAAAAUUCACCAUCUCGAUGACAUGUUGAAGAGCCAACAGAGGAAAGUGCGGCACAUGAUUGAGCAGCUCCAGAACUCUAAGACGUUAAUCCGAGAUAAAGAUGCCCUUAUUCAGAGCCUGCAGGAGAAGGUGUCUUUCCUUGAAGCUGAGAAUAAGGAGAUGCAUGACAGAUUGGAGUACUUUCUUGAAAAUCAGAAAUCAGCUUCAUCCCCAGUAAACCUGGUGGAAAGAUUAGAGAGCAACCACAGUAAGCCAACUUCUCCUUCUCAACCCAUCAAGCCUCUUCCUUACAUUAAAGUUAUCCAGAUGAGGUCAUAAAUUUGGAACACCCUGCAAAUAAAAAGAUUAUGUGAAAGGAUACACAACCACAUUUACCUUCGGAAUUAACUCCUUGUUCAUCUUUCCACAAUUGGAACACUCCAUUUGCGGUUAUUAUCCCACGGCGGCAGCAUUCUGCAAAUGACGGCCUAACGGGUAACUUAACACAGACUAAUUUUAUUUCAUUGCUCGUAUAUGCAUGCUUGUAACCUGGUCAUUUGAUUAUGGACUGGACUAAACAAGGCUAUGGACAAGUCUGCCAGAUCUCAGGACAUUGGAGAAAAGCCACAGGUUGGCCAUCUCAUAGCUAAUAGCUUAUCACUUAAAUCUGGAUUGUCUGCUAUCAAGUUAGUCGCUGGCCCUCGGUGACCGAGGACUGGAAAAUGCAGGUUCAUAAAAAUGUACAGGCACAUUGUUGAGCAUCUACUUGUACCCUUCAGAUACCCUGGAAGAUGUGCCAGUGCCAAGUCAGGAGACUUCACUGGGAAUUUCUGUAUGCUGGCCCUGAAGCCUUGUGAUGUGGUAGCCAGUGGGCCAGCACAUAUGGAAUUCAUAACAUCACUAUAUUUCCUUUAUUUAAAACUUUUUAAUAUUUUAAAUAUAGUUUGAUGUAGAUUUUUUCAAUAUUAUGUAUUUUAUAAGUUGUACAGUAAUUAAACAUAUUUCAAACAAAUGCA